GAGCGGGCAGCUGCACGAGUUCGAGGCUGCAAAUUCGUUGUUCACCAAUCGCACAACUCUUUUCCAUGAUGCGACCUCUUUAUUGGAUGGGCUCGUGCAGUGUUACCACUUUUGCAUCGUUAAUUUACGUUUGAAAGAACUAGGAUAAUUGAAAUACGUACCCAGCAUAUUCAGCACGGGGCAGUGCAUUUGUGUAACCGCUAUUAGAAGUCAAAUCAUGACUUCGUGCCGCUUGCAAUCCUAUAGCCGCUUUUAUCUAGCCUUAGUGUUCGCGAUUUUGCGAAACGCGUGACGCGCCUUGACAGUACCGAUGCGGACAAUAUUAUUAUUACUGAUCAUUCAGUGCAGACGACAAUGUCUGGAAGCAGCGAUUCCGAAGAAUUUUUUGACGCAGAGGAUGAUACUUUCCAACGUAAUUCACGGAGAAGUAAACAACGUGAUUCCUUUAGUAUUGAAAUACAAUCCAAGGAUACAUCAGAUAUUUCUAAACAAACGGAUGAUGAUGUUUUUGUAAAACCUGCUGAACCAAAACCAAUUAUAGAACCAAAGGAUAAUGUAACUAUAGAAUGUGUACCUUGUAAAGAUAAAUCUGAGGAGGAUGGAAAGGAAUCGAGUACGGAUAAAAUUAUAGGUCGAAGGAGAUUUCAUGAACUUCGACAACGUAUGCAAACAGAAGAUGACGAUAUCCCAAUUAAUAGUUCUCCUCCAGACAGUCAAACAUCAUCCAUUGAGGGUGUUUUUCCUGUUCCUUCGAAAACAACUCAUCCGUUUAGAAUUAUUGAACAUGACACUCUUAGCCUACAAAGCAUGACCUCUUUAGGACGGGUGGGUCGAAUUUUAGCUGGAGUUGGGGACAGUGCUUCGGCUGUACUCAUAACAAAUGUAACUCAGUGUCCCCCUUCUGCCAUCCUUACCCGUGAAAGCCAGAUGUCCUCCAUUGCUAGUAUUCCAAGCAAAGACGAGGACACAGUGUCUGGUAAGGUGUCCCAGUCCUCCAGCAUCCUUACGUUAUCAGGGGAUCUCCUACAGGAAUCCUCUGUUAACAGUAGGUCAAACUAUUCUUCUCACUCACAAAAUGAUAAGACUGUUAUGCUUCAAGAACCUGAUGUCAUCGCUAGUACAAAGAAUAAUGGAAAGUCAAGUGAAGACGUUACUGUGGUUGGAAUACCUGUUGCACCACCUAGACGUAAAAAAAAGACAAAGGCUCAGACACCUACUGACCUUGCUCCUUCUACAACAGAAUCAGUGCUGCCUACCUCACCAUUACCAAGUCCAGCAAGUACCAUUGAGUCUAUCACUAGAGAAUUUGAACACUCACUUGAUAUUAGAUCUGCUACUAAAGGACAGUAUGUUGUUAAACCACAAGAUGAAGACAAAUCAAAAGCAGAAGGACCUUCAGCUGAAGAAUUGGAAAGAAUAGAAAGAGUGAAAGCUGAAUUAAUGAGUGUGAGAUCAAGCGAUAAAUCAAGCAGUCCAUUGGGAUCCAUGUCUAGUAACAGUAUUGGCCGUUACUCUUUAGGUCCUCAUAAAUUUACUGGAAUAAGUUCUCCAGGUUCUAAAGAAAGACGAAAAUCUGCGGGUGAUCAAGAUAUGGUCAAACAGUUAAAUAUGUUUGUAAGAACAAGAACAGAUUCUGGUAAACGCUUAACAGACAUGGAAAUUUUAGAACAAGUAACUGUAUUAAAUUUAGACACUGGUGAAAGAGUGCCAUUAAGUAUAGCGGAAGAUAAAUUACCACAGUGUAUUAAUCCUUUAUCGCUUCAUAUUAUGAGACUCACUUCAGAAUAUAUAAGUAAUUCUAGUCUCGAGAAGGAGAAAGAAAGUGACGAAGAAAGUGUUGAUAGUAAAAUGUCCAGUAUACCACCGGAUGAAGAUGUAUCUGUUGGCAGAGUUCGAAAGAAGACUCAGAAGUUGAAACGAUUUUUAGGAUCUACUGUAAAAAAAACGAUGGACAAAGCAAAAUCUAUCGCACAAGAAGUAUCUCAUGCAAGGCAUAAAGAAGACGUUAUGGAUAUAGUAGACGAAGUUUAUCCCGGUGAACAACAAUACAUUAAACUAAAAGCAUCUAAUAGUCAUAAAGGACCCUAUGAAUUCAGUUGUUUACAGCAUGUUCAAGAUUUAAGUGGCGAACAUGUAGGUCCUGUUUGGUGUAUGAAAUUUUCUGCUUGUGGACGAUUACUUGCUACAGCGGGACAAGAUCGGGUUUUAAGAAUUUGGGUUUUGCGCGAUGCCUUUGCAUAUUUUCAGGAUACGCGAACUAAAUACAAUGCGGAGAAAGUUAGUCCUACACCUUCACAAGAAUCUUUGGUCUCGCAACAAUCUAUGGAAGACCCUAAUGUUGUGGCUAGUGCCUUCAGUGAAAUAGAAGGGACGAAAAGCCCUUUCAUGCCGAAACCAUUUUGCACUUAUACCGGCCAUACCUCAGACUUGCUCGACGUAUCCUGGUCUAAAAAUUAUUUCGUUUUGUCCUCAUCGAUGGAUAAGACUGUGCGGUUAUGGCAUAUAUCGCGGAAAGAAUGUUUAUGUUGUUUCCAGCAUAUUGAUUUCGUCACAGCAAUAGUAUUUCAUCCACGCGAUGAUCGAUACUUUUUGUCAGGAUCUUUGGACGGUAAACUUCGACUAUGGAAUAUUCCGGAUAAGAAGGUCGCUGUGUGGAAUGAGGUUGAAGGCCAAACGAAAUUAAUUACUGCCGCAAACUUUUGUCAGAAUGGAAAAUUCGCGGUGGUGGGUUCAUACGAUGGCCGAUGUAUAUUUUACAACACGGAUCAGUUGAAAUAUCACACGCAGAUACAUGUCCGAUCGACGAGAGGCAAAAAUUCGACGGGACGGAAGAUCAGUGGUAUCGAGCCUAUGCCUGGCGAAGACAAAAUAUUAGUCACCUCAAAUGAUAGCCGUAUCCGUUUAUACGACUUACGAGAUUUAAAUUUGUCAUGCAAAUAUAAGGGUUAUGUUAACGUUAGUAGCCAAAUUAAAGCAAGUUUUAGCCCUGACGGGCAAUACAUAGUUAGCGGUUCGGAAAAUCAGUGCAUUUAUAUCUGGAAAACCCAUCAUGAUUAUUCCAAAUUCUCUAGCGUACGUAGAGAUCGGAAUGACUUUUGGGAAGGUAUAAAAGCUCAUAACGCUGUUGUAACGUGCGCAGUAUUUGCACCAAAUCCAGAUAGUAUUAUUAAACAAAUCGAAGAAAGGGAGCAGUGGGAAAAUAAGGAAGAUGCAAAAAAUUUAACUAGUUCAACCGUAGAUGUUCCUCCCGUUGAUCCGGUGGUUGAACAGCGCACCAAAGGUUGUGGUGGCCAUGUUCUCGUAAGCGCAGACUUCAAUGGUUGCAUAAAGGUUUUUCUAAAUAAAACGAAACCUAAGCACAGUUCCCUACCAGCGUCUGCUCUUGCAUAACACAACACUAAAUUCAUCUACGCACUAUUGUUAAUAACUAGAAAAUAUUAUGGACACCAGUAUAUUAUAUACGCAUGUAUAUGUUUUACAUCGGCGAAUUAUCUAGGGGGUUCACUAACCACUGUUUUUCAAAGUAAACCGUGAUUGUGCUAUAAAUUUUUAAUGGCAGAAUAUUUUGUGAUGCAUUGCAAGGAAAUUAUUUCACGAUAAAAUGCUUCCAAAAUUGAAUUAGUAAUAUCAAAAUUAAUUAAUGAUAUUCAUGAGUUAGAUCUUCCCGAUAAUAUUUCAGGAUUUUUUUUCUGAAAACAAAUAAGAAAUUUGAUUCACAACGGAUUAAAUAAUCAUUGUAAUUAUAAUUUUUACUAAAGCUUUAACUAAGCCGUACGAAAGGCACGUAUACAUAGAUUUGUAACAUGUAUUUUCAUUAUCGUUUCCUCCUUAAAUUUGACAUAUUUUUUUAUUGAUUUUCUUGUAUUUAUAUUUUCUUUCGGUGCUGGUCCACUGUGAUCAUUUUACAUUUUAUAGAAUCACAUUGCCAGAAACGGUGUCACAACAAAAUGUACGAGUAACGUGGCAUCGUGCGUUUCGAUUUAAUUUAUAAAAAGCAAAGAGCACCUUGGUGAAAAACAAAGUAUAAACGGGCAUGCAAGCGACGGUCGAAUAGAAAAAAAUCAAUGGUCGAACGAAUCAUAUGGAUAACCGGAAACUUACAGAUAUAUUCCCUGGUGAUCCAUCGUUAGACAAAUGUUGAAUAGUAUAUAUCUACAAAGUUUAAAUGAAAAUCAAACCGGAUUUUCGAAUCCUAAUGGUUUCUAAAAGUAUAUACUCUGUAAAACUUUACCGUGAUAAGAUAGCGUAAUACAUCGAAGACAAUAUU